AUGAAGUUCAGCCUGUCCGCCGUGCUGAUUUUGCUACAAUUCUCGGCUCUCCGUUGCAACACGCAUCAGGUCAAACCUGCACUCUGUCAGCAGCCUCGCACCUCGACCGGUGACCUGGUGCGGUCGCCUCUGAGGUUGAGAGGAGGGAGUCAGAAUGGCGAUGUGGGAGUCGGGGAGAUCAAAUUUCAGAACAUCUUGCUGGCCUUGGAAGUGCUCCACAACCCUUCAGAGACAAAGGAGCGGAGGGACGAGGCCCUUUCCCUCUGCCAAGGGGUGAAGGAGCGGAACUCGGAGUGCAGACUUUAUGCUGAGAAGCUGAUGCUCUUCACUUUGCCCGAUCCCGUCCGGCACUUUGGUCUACAGCUCUACGAGCACUUGGUCACAGUGCGCUGGAAACAACUGCCUGCCACGAUGCGAGAAGAACUGAAAGUCAACGUAAUGACCCUCCUGUACAAUGGGACAAAGAGCAUCCAGGAAGAAUCGAACUACAUCAAGGGCAAGAUCGUGCAGGUUGUGGUGAAGAUCGCGCUGCAAGAGUGGCCGCGCAGUUGGCCGAAUCUGCUGUCUGACCUCCACUUGCUCGCUGGUGUCGGGGAGACGCAAUGCGAGCUGGCGGUUAUGGUGUGGCGAGCGCUACCUGAGGAGUUCAUGCUGUCUCCGCUGUCGAUCGUGGAACGCAAUCAAAUGAUUCAAACAUGGCGGGGGGACUUGGAGAGAGUUGUCUCGUCCCUUCGGCAACUCUUGAUUUCAACCUUCACGAGAAGGAGCCUGGACGCUCAGACAAUCAGGAUGGUGCAGGAGAUCGUCCGUUGCAUUGAGGUUCAAGUCGGUUUCACGACCUUGCAGAUGCUGGCUGAAAAGGAAUUCGACUCGCUCCUCCUCCCUCUGCUCGACAACCGCUUCCUACGUGACAGUGUGUUGGACGUUGUAUCCGCUCUGAUCAACAAGAACAACCGAGGAAUCUACUAUGACAGUCCGGAGCAAGUCUUCUUGUGGAGCAUCAUGAGGGGGAUGAUGCGGUCUUGCCACUUUGCGAUGCAGGCCAGCAGCGAAGCCGAACCGAAAAUGGACGACUAUGAGUUUCUGAAGCACAUAGCGCAGAUUUUCUGCGAAUUUGGUGUGAACUUCUGGCCGCUGCUGGAGCGGAAGGAGGCAGAGUUCGAGCAGUUCACCAGCGUCAUUCUCACCCUCUCGCACGUGAAGAGCCUCAACGUCCUGUCCUUGACACUGUCGUACUGGGGAGCAUUCAUCGAGAGGAAGAGGAGCGGGGAGAACGCGACGAGCUUGUCCAACAAGGAUGAAAUGCUGCUGUUCUCCUUCGGCAAGAUCCUUGAGAUCACCGUCGACAACGCGUUUGGGAGUAAUGGAAUGAGCAAGCUGGACGAGCAGGACUUUGUCGAGGAGGAUGAGUUUGUGCAGGCAUGGUUCAACCUUCGAUCACGCAUCCUCGACUUCGUGCGCAAGAUGUCGAUCCUCUAUCCGAGCCAGCUCUUCCUCUUCACCUCGGAGAACUGGAAGCGGACACUGAGCUUGAGAUCAAGCAUGCAACAACCAGUGGCCUCCCUAGACGGCAAGGCAGAUGCAUGGUACCGCCUGCUGGAGAAGGUAGUCGAGUCGCUCCCUCAAGAUGCGUUGGCGGCAGACAGCAGUUGCUACAAAAUGUGCGCGGAGCUGGUGGAAAGUUUGACCGACGUCAUCCCACACGCCAUAGAGGCCGUUACUUGCUCCAUCCUCCGGGUCCUCGGCAUCUUCCAACAGCUGUAUAUCAAUGCUCCGGAAUCCGUUAUCGUCCACGUCACCAAGAAGGCCAGUGGAGGAGGAAAGGAAAACUGUGAGAAGUCAUUACAAGCGCAGGUCUUGCAGCUGCUGGCGCUACCGGGCUACGUCGACAAUCAUUUUAUAAAAUCCAUCACGCUCACAAGUCCAGAAGUCAACUCAGAUCAGAACAUACAACGAACUGCCCUAGCAGUGCUUGUUAAGAUUGGCACUCAUUGUGCAUCUAAGCUCACUCCACACCUGCAAAGUCUGAUUGAAGCAGUUCAAGGCCUGGCAGAACAAAUAGAGUCAGAAGGACAGGGACAUCUGAUUGAGUUCUUGCUUCUCGUCACUACUCAACUUGACUCGCCGUAUGAAAAGUCAACCAUCAUGGGACACCUUCUGGGCCCUCUCGUCCAAGAGUGGGAAACCCUCACUAGUUUACAGGAUUAUUCCCAAAACUUCCUCUCGUUGUGCUUCGAGGCUGAGGCAACUACACUGACCGAACUCGUUGGACGUGUCUCAUUACCCCCUGCAGAGAGCGAAGGGCACUUCGCCUAUCGAGCAGAGGAGGCAGCCAAGUCUGCAAACAUCGAAGAGAAGGAGACUCUCCUGAUGACAAGGCUCAUGUCCCCUUACAUCUGGCGCUUGCUCCCGAACCUCAUGCUCGCCAUACAAGGCCUCCACAAUUUGUGGGCACCGGAGCUGAGGAGCAAGGUGCUGAGCAUGUGGAAGGGAAUCUACUUCCCCCUCGAGCUCCUCGUGUCUGUCGAUCCCAACUACAAGAAUCGAGAGAGCCAUUGCGGCACGACCGUCGUAAGCUACCUGUGUGGGUGGAUCAGGAUGCAGAGGGACUUGCUGUACGAGAUUCUGAUGAAUAUCCUCUACCUCGGCGCUGUGACUGGAAUCCACGAGCACCUUGCUGGCGACGUCAGCAUCUUGCAGCAAGCAUUUCACAACUCAAUCAACAUAGAGAACCGACACAUAAGGUCUCUGGUGAGAUCCGUCCUGUUGCCCAUCCUCAAGAGCUGCAAUUCGAGGUACCUCGAAAGGAUCUUGAGUCCCAUCCUCCCUCCUCUACUCAACCAUUUCCUGCAUCGUCUCAGCACGGCAAGUCCCGUGGGUUACGAGGCAAUCGUCUACGAGAAACCAGCAGAACAGUUCAUGGAUGAUGACGUUGUGAUGCGGGUCUUCGGAGAAGAGAUGAUUUACGUCGUUCGAGAAAACUCGCUACGGCAUCUACACCGAGACAUCUGCGACUUGGCGUUGACGAUCUGCAACAUGGCCAUGCAAAGUGCGAUGCUCGAGACAGGAGGAGGAGUGGAAAGCUCCAGCUCCAGCGUCCCAGCAGCAGAAGUUGUCUUGCGGAUGCAUGGCGCCAUGGCGGUACUGCUGAACAUCCUGUCGAAUAGUCUGGUGUGGGAAGACAGUAUGGCAGGUCUGAAAGCCAUCGAAGCUCUUCAGAGGAUGAUGCCGAAGCUCAGCGACAAUGCCAAGUACCGCGACUUCUACGUGAAACAGUGUCUUCAACAGGCGCUGCACUGCCUGAAGAAGUACACGUGCCGUAGAGCGCAGGAGAAAGGAGGCAUCACGUUGAUAGAGGGGAAAGAUGACGGAAACACGUUGGGCCCGCUGCUCGCACUGAUCACCGACAUUUAUGUCAGUUCUUCGGGGAAUCCAGCAGUACAUGAGCCCUUCAUGGUUGAGCUUGGGAUGAAUAGCGCGGAUGUUCAGGAGCUUCACUUUCUGGUCUGUGAACAAGCGAGGAACGAGAAGCAGAAACGACUGCAGAUGCGCGCCAAACUCCUCAAGUACAUCGAGCAGAAUCUCCCGAAAUUCAGAUCCACGAGAUGA